CUCCUCUUUUCUUCUUCUUCUUCUUCAACUUCUUCUCUCUCUCUCUCUAUAACUCACUCACACCCAUACUCUCUUUCUCUUUCUCUUUCUCACUUUACCUUUUCUUUUGGUUUGACAUUUUUACCCCUCAAUUUUCACAAUAUUACGAUUCACUACAGAUCACCACCACUUCUACUUCCACUACACCUCCCUACUAUUGUUGACCUACCUUCUCCGUCUCCGGCAAGAUUCCCGCCAUGAGUGCCGGAACGACGACGUUUCGCUCCAUACUCGACAAGCCCCUUAACCAGCUUACUGAAGAUGACAUUUCUCAGCUCACUCGUGAAGAUUGCCGCAAAUACCUCAAAGAUAAAGGGAUGCGAAGGCCUUCGUGGAAUAAAUCCCAGGCGAUCCAGCAGGUGAUUUCGCUGAAGGCUUUGUUGGAGCCUUGUGACGAUUCCGGCGCCGGAGACAUCAGGAAAGUUGUCGCUUCUCCGACUUCGAACACGCCCCGACUCCCCACUUUUAGUGUGAAUUCGAAUUCAGCUGAAUCAGCUAAAGAAGCUAGUGCCGAUGUCCAGGUUUCAGUCUCGGCUGAAGAAUCAAUUCCGGAUCCGAGAAAGGAACCGACGAAAUCUGUUCCGGAGCCUGAGGAAAGACCCGCUGAUAUAGAUGAGAGGGCAAGUCCAAGAAGUCAAUGUGCAACUGAUGCAUCAGUUGGGCAAAUGACAAUUUUCUAUUGUGGAAAAGUGAAUGUAUAUGAAGGAGUUCAACCGGAGAAGGCACGUGCAAUCAUGCACCUUGCAGCAAGUCCAAUCCCUUUAGCUCGGGAAAAUUCAUUUGGUGUCCCUGCAGCACUUAGGACCUUUCCAUGGCAUUUAAAUACUACAAGUGAAAAAUGUGGCCUUCCUCCUAGUGUCUCAAUUUCACAGCCCAUGCAGACAGAUAAGAUAGCUGAGCAUAGUCAUCAGUGUUGGGAGAAAGAAAAUGAUGCAGAUGGUCAGGCAAGCAGACAAGUGUCACUGCAGAGAUACCGUGAAAAGCGAAAGGACAGGGGAAGGUUGAAGAGCAAGAAAAACGCUACAACUAAUUCUUCUAGCUUGGAAGUCUACUUAAACCACCAAGUGAGGACACAUAUCUCAAAUGGUAAUUCAAGCCGCAGUAGCACGAGCUCUCCAACUCAGCCUGGGCUCUCCCAAGCAUUGUGUAGCACAAUGGACAAUCAACCUAAGAUAACGUGUCUUCCCGUUGAUCUCAAUGAAAAGCAUAACUUGGAUUGCUGAAAUCUUUUGUCUAAUUAUCGUAGCAUGGAGAGGAUGGGAGAGAAGAAACCAAUUCACAGGCUCCCAGAGACUUGCUUUUUUUUUUUGCAUAUUUUCGGCUGCCUAUUCUUCCCUUAAGUUUUUCUACUGGCCUUUUGUAUGUGAGAAUUUGAGUUUUUUAGGCUUACAUGAUCAAUUUUGUAUUUAAUAGGAUGAUAUGGUUUUGAUAGGGAAUUAUUUAUUCCUUGUUAUGUUAAGCCUUCUUCCAAGGUUGAGAUAGGUGGAAGCAGUCCUUUCUUCACGAGUAGCCUAUGAUCGAUCACUCUGAGUUGACAUAGUUAUUCUCUUGUCUAAUAUGUUGUAUCUACAAAACAAAUGUCUUGUACAUUAUCUAGUCUGCCUUGUAUUUCUAGCUAGCUGAUAUUUUUUUUUAAAAGAUGUUUAAGGGAUCUAAUCCUUUUCCCCUUAACUAAUGCAUUCAUCUAAUUCGUUUUUC